AUGAAAUUAAGCCCCGCCUUAAUUUCCCAGGGCUACCAGAUUCUAAGCCCUACAGGAGAUCGCACCUUGUCACUGAGAGACUCCAGAAUCUCGGUUGUUGCAAAUUUGGGUGCAACCAACGACGACUACGACUCUCUGGACCUGUCCAACAAUGAUAUAAUAAAACUUGAGAACUUUCCUCUGCUUCCCAGGCUUAAAACUCUCAUUGUGGCCGGGAACAGGGUUUCUAAAAUCGCAGAUGAUAUCGGAAGUUGCCUUCCGAACUUAUCAUCACUAGUACUUACAAACAACUCGAUCACGACAAUUUCACAGCUUGAACCAUUAUUUAAAUGUAAGAUUGCACACAUGUUUAAAGCGUAUUUAGGUAAAUCACUAGAAAGACUUGCUCUUUUGGAUAACCACGUCGUAGCGGUCCCUCACUUUAGGGAAUAUUUGAUUCAUAAGAUUCCAUCAUUGAAAUAUUUAAAUUUUACCAAAGUGAAGAGGAAGGAGAGGGAAGAUGCAACAGCUCUCUUCUGCUCCGACAAGGCAACGAAACUUUUUAAAGAGAUGGGUUAUGAUCCUAAAGAUGUAUCACAUACUUUAAAUGGCACACAAACACACUUUCCGGAUUCAAACCAUAAGGAAUCUGGCAAAAUGGAAUUAGACGAAUGA